AUGGCUGAUCCCAAAGCCCCCUUUGAGACCCUCUCGGAUGACAAUCAUGGGGCGAUCAUCACUCUGGUAUCGGUGGCUCUUCUCAUCACCGCUAUCAUAUUUGUCGCAGCCAAGCUGGGCUCGGUGAUGUACUUCAAACAGCGUCGUUCUGCCGUUAAUACGCCCGUCUGGCUGGCUCUGGCUCUGCUCAUUAUAGAAGUGGUGGUGAUGCAACAGGCCGUCGAUCAGGGCAUCGGCAGGCAUAUCGACUCUCUCUCAGAUGCUGCCAUCCAAACAGCGAGCAAGUAUCUCUACGCCGCACAACUCCUCCAGAUUGGCAUCCUCUCUCUAUCAGAGCUCUCCACCACCCUCCUGGUCUGGAAAUUAACCCCUCAUAACGGCAUCCGUCUGUCCUGUCUCAUUACCGCCGGCGUAACGGCAGCGUGGACCAUCUUCGCACUGUUCGGAAUCGCUUUCCAAUGCGAGAUGCCCGAUCCCUGGACCUACAAUCCUUCACGCUGUUCCGGACAGGGCGCGGUUCUGUAUCCCAUCUGGAUAAUCCACAUCCUCACCGAGCUCAUCAUCGUGGUCAUCCCAUUCUUCAUGAUGCGCAAGGUACAAAUCAAGCCUGUCACGAGAGUGAAGAUCCUCGCCUCCUUUUGCGCACGAGCUAUUGUAAUCGCUCUCAGCAUCGCCCACCUAUCGGUCCUUCCUUCUUUCCUCCAUUCAACGGAUACUACAUGGACGGUCAUCACCCCGACCAUAUGCGCCCAAGCCAUGGUCUGCACUACCGUCACCAUCGCCUGCCUGCCAACCCUCUAUCAUAUCUUCGCGGGCCUCCAUUCCGGGUUAAUCACCACGCGACUGCCCGAUGAAGUCGAGCUGAAGCAUCCCUAUUUGUACGGGCGACAAUCGACCAUCAAGUCCACGAGGAGCAAUACGAAGACCCAUACGGGCCUGGGGACCAUGGACGGGGCUACAUCUAGGAACCGGGACUCGGUGAUACGAAGGUCAAGUGUGAGUGAUAGCAUGAAGCAUUUGAGAGACGAACACAAGGGCAAUGGGGUUCUGAUGACGGUGGAUAUCACGGUGGAGGUGGAGGAUCGAUAG